AUGUUAUGCGGUUUUAAAAACUAUAAAACUGUUUAUCAAAUACUGAAAUCGGAUCGAAUUAAUGCAUUGCGGAAGCAAUAUGACUCCUUUCUUGCAGAAGACAAGAAACGAAAGGAACGUAAUGAAUAUAUUUUGGGAAAGCUCGACAGCAUGGUAUAUGCUAAUGCUUUAGUUCCAGCGCGAACGAAGGCUAGCUCUAUCGCAAGCAGGCCUUUAACGAUGUAUCACAUACCAUACCAAGCACAAGUUCCUGCUGCUCAUACAGUUCAAUCUACAGACGUAAAACAUCAAUUAAGACAAGAUAUUCCAAUACAAAACAUUGAUGACACGUAUUUAAUUCAGGAAGUCAGUAAAAAGUAUAUACUUAUUCCAAAACUGACAACACCGUUCUUAAAUAGUUACUUACAGCACGCACAACCUAUUUGCAAUGAUACUAUUAUUGAAGAUGGGCAACAAACCAUAAAUAUUUCAAAAACAAGUACCGCCCAACAACCCUACUCAAACGGUAACUCUGAUUGGAAAAGUAAAUAUGAAAUUUUAAAUAUACUGAAAAAUGAAGAGAAAGAAAAUAAAUCCCUAAAGUUUGUCCCUGAAAAGCCACUGGAAACUCUUUUAAACAGUACUAGCGAAAAAGUUUUAUCUGGUGGUGACAAUAUCGUGCCUCAGGAUAUAGAUUGUAGUACAAAUGCCAAGGAGGAGUUACCUGAAAAAGAUAAUCCAGACGAAAUUUUCAAUUAUGAAGUUAGAAAUGAUCAAGACAUCUCUAAUGGUCUAACCAUUAAACUAGACCCAAUGGUACAUGUUAAUACGGACAAUUUUGUUGACACAGUCGCUAAUAUUGGUAAUAAAUUACAAAAAACCAUACUGGAUGAUAGUAAGCAUAUUGAACCCAAUGUUAUUAAUCAAUCAGCCGAAGAAACUAUUUAUGUAGAAAAUAAAGAUGACUAUAAUUACAUCGAACCUACCGACCACACAUUAGUAAGUGAGCAAAUGCAUUAUGUAGAACAUCUAUCAGCAGCUGACCCAAAUUUAGACCAAGUAGAAUAUAAUUAUACAGAAACUGGCCUACCAAUACCAUCAGGUGACCUAACACAGUAUACAGAAACUUUAGAACCAGUUCAUAAUACAAAUAUAAAGCUUGAAGAAAAUCUUGGUGAACCAAAUUUCGAAACUUUGGAACAACAAAAUAGAUCAGGAAAUAUAAAAACAGAAGUAUACCCUGAAGAACAGAACGCUGAAUCUUCAGAAGUAAUCAGUGCUAAUAAUUUAAUGAAAGAAAUGUAUAAUAAUCCAUGUAAAACAGAUAAUAGAGAUAAGGAUUUUGUUGAUUACGAACCUGUUCUUGAUAACUUUACUUCUAAUAAAGAUAUUAAACUGAAAAGUUCUCACGAUUCAGCCCGUGAACAAACGGGGACUGCCAAUCCAGCCGAUACAACAGUUGAGCAGCAGACUCCUUCAGGAACGGUACCCGAACUAGAUGACCAAGAAGCAAUCGAUGUAGUGGGUAUCCAAGAUUUUAAUGCUGAACAGAGAGAAAUGUUUUACUCUGAUCAUCCAGUAGAAGGCUAUGAAUAUCAGCAAGGUGAUGCCAAUACAAAUUACCAAGAAUAUAAUAAACUGGAAACAUACCAAGAAAACGAAGAUUAUCCCCAAAAUGAGAACUAUCCACAUAACACGAAUUAUUAUAACGGGCCCGUACAGCAGGACGUGUAUCCUGUCGACGUUGACGAAGAUGAAGAACAUUUAAAGUUAAGGUAUGAUCAAAGUUAUCAACAACAAUAUUUAGAUCCAUAUGAGAAGGCGUACAAUAAAAAUCAGCCAGAAUAUCAGGAAUUUGAGACUGACUAUCAUCCCGUACCUACAGAUCACAUUGAAGCAAUAUAUGAUCAGAAAUUUUGUGAAAAUCCAGAACAAAUUGAAGCCGCUAUUAAUAAAGAGGAAGGGAUUAAUGAACCGACACAUGGAGCGGUAUCCCAAGCAGAGGAAAACAAAACACCUGAUACAAAAUAA